AUGCAAGAUCUGCUAAGGGACGCUAAAUAUACACUUGAAUGGAAUGGGACAGAUAAUCCGAAUGAUUUUGUGGAUCCGGACUUAGAUAUUAACUUUAAAGGUGAAGUAAAUUUUAUGGAGCCAGAUGAGUUUAUAGUAAACGAAGGCAGCCAAGAUCACGCAGAUCAGAUGUACAACAAAUUAUCAAAGGAAGUGAAUGUAAUAAAAAGAAGAUUUCAGUUCUCCACUGUAGACCAUGAUGAUCUCGAGCACGGAUUUUAUGGCAUUGAAAAAUGGAAAGAAUAUGUUAUAAGACGAAAUUUCCUACAGUUUCUCAUUCAUACAAGAUACGAAGUUGGUAAAGCUUUACGGCAAAGGGAACCAAUAAGAAGUGACAGACGAUAUCAGAUAGGGUAUCUCUUUAACAGGUUAAGGAGGAUAAAAACUGAACAAUUGAAACUGCUUUAUUAUUUACAUAAUAAAAUGCGCCAUAGAACCAUACCGUGGGGUCACUGGUUUCGAUAUUACCAUGUAUAUUUUGUCGCUGACCCAUUUUUGAACCAUUUGAUGAUAUAUGAAAAAUUAACCGCGUUUGACGUCGAUAUAAAAGAUACUAUAAAUUAUAUAAGGGAAAUAUACUCAAAGAAAGAAAGUUACGAUUACGUUGAAAUUCCACCCACUACAGAAACGCUAUUGUGA